AUCUGGGGUCAACAACACGCGUGUUCAAUGUCACCACGAUAAACGGGUACAGGACAGGAUGAAUCCUCAGGUGUAUUUGUGAUCGGAAGAUCACAACGGGCUACACAGUAGACAAAGGCACGGAACUACAUCACCAUGUCUUCACGUUGCUGCAGAGUGCUGGUUUUGGCCGUGAAAGCGACUUGCGGCCAGCCAGCAGCAGCGGGGCCCCUGUUCGGGCUGCCCGCAUGUACCCACACCGCUGCCCUCACGCAGACGCGGUCGUACGCCGUGGACUCGCUGACGACCGGCGCCUGGAGAACGCAGGUCCAGCAGGGCAAAGCCGAGCGCACAGCGUCGGACACCGGGCUAACCCAGAGGAACCUGUCCGCGGUGGCCGGCGCCCUGAAAGGCCACUGCCGCCCGCUGAGCAGGUACGACUUCCUGGACCUUGGGGAGGUGGAGGAGAACACCCGCAAGGCGAUGACGUGCAGAAGCCUCCGGAGGUUCAUCAUCGAUCCUGCCCUGGCCAGGCAGGUGGCUCGGCACCUGGAAGGUGACCUGGCGGACAGCAACGCCGUUAUCUUCGAAUGCAACCCUGGCCCUGGGGUUCUGACCCGUACGCUGCUGAACUGCGGCGUGCAGAGACUGGUGACACUGGAGAGCGAUAAGUCCUUCCUCCCAGACCUCCAGGCUCUGGAGAGCAGUCUGGACGGGCAGCUGGAGGUGGUGCACUGCGACUUCUUCAAGCUGGACCCCAUUGGUCUCGGCACCAUGCGGCCCCCAGCCAUGUACUCAGAGAAGCUCUUUGAUGACCUGGGCAUCUCCGAGGUGCCCUGGACAGCAGAUGUUCCGGUGAAGGUGGUGGGGAUUUUUUCCCAGAGGAACGAGAGGAGUAUGCUGUGGAAGCUGAUCUAUGCCCUGUACGAGCGCUUGUCCAUCUUCCGCUAUGGCCGUAUAGAGAUGAUCAUGUUCAUCAGUGAAAAGGAGUAUUUGAAACUUAUGGCCAGACCAGGAGACAUGAACAACUACCAGGCCUUGAGUGUACUAAUGCAGAUGGCUUGUGAUAUUCAGCUGCUCCACAAGGAGCCUUGGGAAUCUUUUGUGACGACUUCCAAGCAUGGUGGAAUGGCAAUUCCAAGGAGUCGGGUCCCGAAUGACCACCUGUGCCUGGUGAGGCUGACCCCCCGCCCGGGCCUUUUUACCUCCGGCCUCACAACUGACAACGCCUCCACCCUGAUCAUGAUGAUCAAGCAGUGCAUGGCCAAGAGGAAGGCCCGUCUGCUGGACCGGCUCAAUGCCUGGAGUCCGGAAAGCGGAUCAAAGAUCCUAAAGGAGAUGGACCUGCUGGAUGACACCCUGACGGGAAGCGUGUACCCAGACGAGUACAAACACCUCUUCCGACUCAUAGACAAGUCUGAGGAAUUCAGCCAAAGCUGGUUGUACGAGGAGAUCCUGGAGAACACCAAGACCACAAGCCUCAUGUGACAGUUCUGGAAGAGCGCAGCAGAAUUCAGAAGUGUUCCAGAGCAGAAUUCAUGAGAAUGUUCCUAAAGAACACUCUUCACAUGAGUGUUCCUAAGAAUCAAGGUUCACAUCAGUCUUCCUGAAGAAAUGAAUUCACAUUUUUGUUCCUAAAGAACAGAAUUCAGGUUUCUUUUCGUGAAGAACAGAAGUCAUGCAAAUGUUCCAAUAAACACACAGGCUCCUGUGACAUGAACUUAAGAACACAGGAUUCACGCUCUUCCUAAAGAACAGAAUUCACUCUAAUGACCCAGAAGAACAGAUAUCCGGUGAAUGUUCUGGAAGAACCGAAAUCACAUGAAUGCUCUUUAAAAAAAUCACAGGCUUUUUGUGACAGUUCUUGAGGAACAAAGGCCUCAUAUGUGUCAUAGGACAAGGUCAUGGGUCAUAGGUGACAAAGGCCAAUCAAGAUGUGUGAGGUGUUUGUUACUGUCUAGCUUUCUCAGCUCUGAAUUGCUUUGUGCAUUAUUGCACACAUUUUACA